AUGGCGAGCCGUGGAGCAUGGAAGUUGAAGGUCCUAGCGAAGAUUAGCAGCAUAGCACGUCUCAGCUGGAUACUUGUGUGCACCUGCCUUGCUCCUGCAUCAGCUCAGCUUCUCACUCCUGGAACCAUGGCGCCCUACACUGGUGGGGGACAGCGAUCGCGAGGAUUCGGUUACGUGCGGGAGCCAGCAGAAGGAUUUUUCAUCGGAGGCUCGAGUAUCAAAGAGAUGAAUGGCGUUUACAAGCGUGUCAGCGAGGUCCCUUCUGAUAUCAAGCACAAAUUUCAGCUUGCCUACCGGAAAUGGCCUGUAGACGAGCAUGAUGAUAUGAGGGGGUGGCAUCUCGGCCUUGUCGACGCUCCGGGUGAGGGCGCGAACUACCAGGCAGUGGGAGGCAAGAGAUCAGAGUGGUUGUUCAUCGACACUGAACGGAAGGACCGAUUCGGGCAUCCGGGAGAAACCAUCAUCCCGGGAUCUGGCGUCAGUUGGGAGCACCUUCAUCGUUCGCAAGGCGGGCAACCUGGAGAGGGCAGCGGCAACCAGGUCAUGCAAGCCAGAGGCGACGACGAGGACGAGCUGCCAUGGCAAGUGAUCUUCAUCGGGGAUGCAGCGAUGGUGGAGAACCUUCGUCACCAUCAUCGUUAUCAUGAGAGAACGCAGCAGCAAGCGCUUAUCGGCUCCAACCUUCCCUUCGUCCCUGACUGCGGGGAGACGAACGAGGAUGGCAGCUGCAAGGACGACGUACCUGUGCAGGACUUCACGAUCCCUGAGGAGGCAACAAGGUUGUUUGAAGAUGGCGAGUUUGAGCGAGCAGCAGAGGUGUAUCAUACGGCGCUGCAAGGAGAGUGCGCAGAUUGUCAUUCGGAUCUAUCCAAAGAUUGGAGGGAUGCGGUUUUCCGCAGGCUCAAGGCACGGAGUCUGAGGAGGAGCAAGAAGUACCCUGAAGCUCUUCUUGAGAUCGCUGCGGCCCUUCGUCGUUUCCCCCGAUACAAGGAUGCUCACUUUGAGCUUGGUCUGACGCUGCUGGACGCCGGUUACCCCCGGGUUGCAGUUGCGUCCUUCGAGCGGCUGCUGCACAUCGACCGCAAGUGGCCGCAACUGGACGAGUGGCUGACGAGGUCACAAGUGUUCAUGAUGAGGGAUGAAGAGAUGAGGCAGCAGAUGCAGUCCGUCCCUCAGCUGGAAAGCGCCGACCUGGAGUUUGUGCGAGCGAUGAGUUUGGCCAUGCAGCAGUGCGGCUUCGUCGUGAACAACGAGCCCCCGAGCACUGCAGACCACUACACGUUCCUUGGGGUCAACUUGGACCACUCGGUCGACGAGCUCAAGAAGGCUUACAAGCGCCUCAGCAAAGUCUACCACCCAGACCGGCAGGGAGGCUCUAACAGCGCGUUCCAACGGGUGGCCCUGGCGUACGAGACUUUGAUUGAUGAGCAGAGGAGGCGGCAGUAUAACCUCGGCAACGACCUGAAGCGACCAAUCAUGCAGGACGGGAGCGAAGGGCCGCCCUUCCACGAGCGAGUCGAAAGGCACUACUUCCCAGAGCACUUCGACUUCCUCCCUUUCGGCGAUCCCUUCGAGCGGAAACGUCAGUUGCAUGAAGAGAGGAAGCAGCGCCAGCCGCUCGAGAGCAACCAGCCAGACGUCCCGCCCGGAAGCUACAUGGGGAGCUGUCAUGGAUGCAGGCUCGUAUCGGAGGGGAGGAGGCUACAUUGCACGCAAUGUAUGAACACGAGAGGAGAGAGGGUUGAUUCAAGCAUCUUGCUGAGUGACUGCUCGGAAGAAGAGCACGUCGGCAACGCCGAUGGCAGGCUGACGUGCGAGAAAAAACCAGCUCAUCUGUUAAACGCGGGGGAGGAUCACCAUGCAACGGAGCCAGGGGAGGAAAUUUCACACCAAGACAGCAAAAGACCAGAACUUUGA